AUUCGACAUUAUCAUCACAUCUAUUUCACGCUGACCUGCAAGGAACAAAAAUAUAACUAUGUGGACGUCAAUAAUUGUUAGUGCUACUUUGGUAGCUCAAGUUUUCUGCGCCUGUACCGAUGGUUGGACUUCCCAUGGUUCAAGUUGUUAUAAAUUUGCAACGGACAUAGAAACCUGGUCAUCAGCUAGGCUGUUCUGCAAGUGGCACUCGAGCGACCUGAUUGUUAUAGAGACAGAGAGUGAACAGCGCUGGUUCCAUAAGCAAGCAUUAACAUUCAACCACACGGAUGUUGAUGAAGGAUUUUGGCUCGGCGGAACUAACUGGGAACAAGAUGCGCAUUGGAUCUGGGAGAGCACUGGUGCCGAGUUGACCUACCAGACAUGGGGCGCCCAGCAGCCAAACAACCAAAACGGGACUGAGCACUGUCUUUCGGCCGUCAAGUACUUCGACUACGUAUGGAACGACGCGCCUUGCGAUAGGAAAAUACAAUAUGUGUGCGAAAAGAGCAGUACCUCUGGCGGCGGCAUACUUGGUUGACAUUUUGUAUGCGUGUUUUAUAAGUAAAUAAAUUUGAUUAAACAUA